GUAUGCGUCAGAGUAACUGACAAUUUGAUCACUUGUCAGUUCCCCGCGUCUUCGACCUUAUCUCAGACGUAAAUCAAUGACCUGCCGGCCCGACCAUAAUUCUGCCCGACCAUUUCUAUCCAACCACUUAUGCAGACCGACCUACGACCUACGAACCUUAAGCUAUAACUAACCAAGUAUAUCUUUGACCUCCGUCUUUCACCACCUUGACGGCGUUUUCAAUACAUAUUCCAAUGAAGACUAUGACAGGAGAAAUGACGAAGUUGAUCCAGUGGCUGCAUCAGCUGAAUAUGAACUUGAAAAGCGCGUGGAAAAGCUGGAGCUUUUCCCAGUAGAGCUAGAAAAAGACGAAGAUGGACUUGGCAUCAGUAUUAUUGGAAUGGGAGUUGGAGCAGAUGCAGGUCUUGAAAAACUAGGAAUAUUUGUCAAAACAGUAACAGAAGGUGGUGCAGCUGAACAAGAUGGCAGGAUCCAAGUAAACGACCAGAUUGUAGAAGUGGAUGGAAUCAGUCUGGUUGGUGUUACACAGAAUUUUGCUGCAACAGUCCUCAGGAACACCAAGGGAAAUGUCAGGUUUGUAAUUGGACGAGAAAAACCAGGACAAGUAAGUGAGGUUGCUCAGCUGAUUAGCCAGACCCUAGAGCAAGAGCGUCGCCAGAGAGAACUCCUGGAGCAACAUUAUGCACAAUACGAUGCAGAUGAUGAUGAGACAGGGGAAUAUGCUACUGAUGAAGAAGAUGAAGACAUGGGACCUGUCUUGCCAGGAGGUGACAUGGCAAUUGAAGUGUUUGAUCUGCCUGAAAAUGAUGACAUGUUUUCCCCAAGCGAGUUGGACACCACUAAGCUUGCUCACAAGUUCAAAGAGUUGCAAAUCAAACAUGCAGUUACAGAGGCUGAAAUUCAGAAGCUGAAAACAAAGCUACAGGCUGCUGAGAAUGAGAAAGUGAGAUGGGAACUGGAGAAGACCCAACUCCAACAGAACAUUGAGGAGAAUAAGGAAAGGAUGAUGAAACUAGAGAGCUACUGGAUUGAGGCACAAACCCUGUGUCAUACUGUGAAUGAACACCUCAAAGAGACUCAAAGCCAGUAUCAGGCUUUGGAGAAGAAAUAUAACAAGGCAAAGAAAUUGAUCAAAGACUUUCAGCAAAAAGAACUUGACUUCAUCAAGCGUCAGGAAGCUGAACGGAAAAAAAUAGAAGAUUUGGAGAAAGCGCACCUUGCAGAGGUUCAAGGCUUACAAGCUCGUAUUAGAGACUUGGAAGCUGAAGUUUUCAGGCUACUGAAGCAAAAUGGGAGCCAAGUUAACAACAACAACAACAUUUUUGAAAGGCAGACAUCUUUUGGAGAAGUCUCCAGAGGAGAUCCAGUGGAGAACCUAGAUGCAAAGCAGGUGUCUUGCCUGGAUGGCUUAAGUCAAGAUUUCAAUGAGGCAGUCCCAGAAACAGAGAGGCUGGAUUCCAAAGCACUGAAAACACGAGCACAGCUUUCAGUAAAGAACAAACGGCAGAGACCUACUAGAACAAGGCUCUAUGACAGUAUCAGUUCAACUGAUGGAGAGGAUAGCCUUGAACGAAAGCCGUCUGACAGUCCCAUGCACAUUUCAAAACCACCUCUGCCCAUAUGCAUGAGAGCAUCCUCACCAGCAUCAGAUUCUGGUGCUUCCUCCCUCUCCCCAGCCGCUAGCAGUGCAGCAUUCUCAUUUGGCAACGUAGCUGAAAACCAGGAAAGAGGACAGCAGCACAAAGGAGGUGUUCUUUCCUACUGUGCUCAAGGUGGCAUUCCACUAUCCUCUCCUUCAAAAUCCAGUCGCAGCUCAGAAGCAUCUCCUUUGCAUCACUCAAUGGGCAGGAUUGUUGUACAAGAUGAAGAUGAUGCUACAGGCCCCCAGUCAGGAAGAACAGCCAGACCUAUUAUGGGGCAAGCAGAAAAAAUAAAGCAAAAGCUUGUGGACUUUGGGGCUCCCUUGAGGAGGAGUUCCAACAAAGGCAAGAAACGGAGAGAGAAAGAAGCUGUGAGGGUGGCCUGUGGCAGUAGGGCCAACAAAGAAAUGCUGGAGCGCUCAGCACACAGUGCAACUUUAUCACAGAGAUCCUCCUCUCUCCCACCUUGUGUCCCUUUCACAUGGUAUGGAGAGAGUGACAGGGGAUCCAACUCUUCCAGCAACCUGCCUUCGCCUACCAGUUCAACUGAACCUUCCUCUGAAAAUAUAAGUCCAGCUAAAAAAGGGUUAAAGAACUUCACAUUCAAUGAUGAUUUCAGCCCCAGCAGCACAAGUUCAGCUGAUUUGAGUGGUUUAGGAGCAGAACCCAAAAAUCCUGGUUUCUCUCAUUCCUUAGCACUGUCGUCAGAUGAGAGCCUGGAUAUGAUUGAUGAUGAGAUCCUGGAUGAUGGACAGUCUCCUAAACACAAUCAGUGUCAGAAUCGUGCUGUUCAGGAAUGGAGCAUACAGCAGGUUUCCCACUGGUUAACAAGCCUGAAUCUUGAACAGUAUGUUUCUGAAUUCAGUGCCCAAAAUAUUAAUGGAGAGCAUCUCCUUCAGCUGGAUGGGAAUAAACUUAAGGCCCUUGGCAUGACAUCUUCCCAGGACAGAGCAGUUGUUAAAAAAAAGCUAAAAGAAAUGAAAAUGUCCAUAGAAAAAGCACGCAAAGCCCAAGAAAAAAUGGAAAAGCAAAGGGAGAAGCUUAGGAAGAAAGAACAAGAGCAGCUGCAUAGGAAAUCAAAGAAAACAGACAAGUCUUUGACAGAAACAACAGAGGGAGCUAAUGAGCAAUGACAAAGCAGAACCACCAAGAUGUUAGUCACUUGGAGACACUUCAAGGGAAGCAACUCUUUGUGGUGCCCCUCAAAUCUUGUGUUCAUCACACAGGAAUAUGUACACAUAAAUGAUGAUAUAAACAGAGUGAAUGGGGAAGUUCAUACUGUGUAACUGCAUUUUCCUGCAGGUCCAGAUCUUGCUCUUGGUAUUGACUUGCUAAACAACCAAACUCCAUUGUUUUAUUUAGAUACCCUGUUUGGGGUUUUUUCCCUUUCAAACUGCUAUCCUGCAUUGGGCUACUCAUGUUUGGUCACCUCGGCAGUCAUUGUGACAAAGCAUCACAGGUGAUGCAUCACAAUGACAUUGUGAAUGGGAUGGUCAAUCAGAACGAUCAGUGAAUAUAUAUGAAACUGGGUAACUGGAGUUAUCCCCAUAUCUGGUACAACUGACUCAUCUAACUGGAAUGCCAUCUUCUCUCCAUACCCUGUUCUGUCAACUGGAACAGAUUUCAUCUUACUUGAGUACCUUGAAGUGACACUGCUUUGAAAACAUAGCUGUUCAGUGACUUCUAAUUAUACACAGGAGAUAAAGAUAGAAGAGUCAAUAUCCUUCCUGGGCAAAAAGAUGAUAACACUCUUAACUGGACAGUAGUUAGCCAAGGAAGAACUCAGCGCCUUAAAAUGAUUAUGUGGGUUUACAUGGAGAUCUGAGGGUAAUAUUUAUCCUCCAUAUAAUUAAGGAAAAUUGAAAUUCUAACUUGAGUAUAGAAAAUCGGUAGAGUCCACUUCUUGUGCUCCCAGUGCAUGUAAGCAAACCUCUUCGUAGUAAACCAGGAGGUUCCUUUUCCAGCUGGCUCUGAACCAGAAAUUGUUUUUUAUUUUACUUUGGUUUUUGAGGAAAAUUCCACAUUUCUAGGUUCAGUCUCCAGUGAGGGUCAGGGGAGAAUGAGUUUUGCAUUCUGGUGUUACAGGGCUGUGAUCUAAUUAAAUACUAUCUGCUGAAAUGAUCUCCAAAUUUGAUUUUGUAAAGGUUUCAGUUUUCAAAGUGCACUUUAUAAAAAAGAAAAAGAGGAGGAGGAAACUUCUGGUUGAAAUAAAACAAGGUUCAUUACUGUUAUGAUCAACUACUACUGUACAAUGCUAUAACACAGAAGGCGGCUGCUAAAUGCAAACUUGAAAUGCACGGCGUGUUUUGAGUAGAGGAUCUACGCAAUACCCCCACUAAAAAUUCAACAUGAAGACAUACUUUGUAGAAUGCUUGGAUAGUUUGACUGAUGGUCAUGCUACAUACUUCAGAUUUCUAAUGUUUAGAUUUGUCUGAGAAGCAAACAGUGUAAUCUGGCACUGUAUGUUAUUACAGUUUCUUAAUAGCCAGUAUUAAAAUAGUCAAUAGUCAACACUUCAUCAAAGAAACAAGCUUAUUUGAUGGGAAGUUGAAGAUAUUACAUGAUUGUUUUGAAGUUGAAGUUACUUGGUAGUAACAUCUAUAAGUUUCGGCAAUGUCAUUUCCAUUUUCUGCAUCUCAUAAAUACUGACAUCAAUCACAAUCUCUUUUAAUCAGCAGUUAACUCUUGUCUAUCGACAUGAAGUUAAAAUCAGAAGGGUCAGCUGCUUUGAAAAUUAACUACAAAAGCUGAAUGAUUUUAAAGAAACAUUUGUUCUGGUUCUGCCUCAGAUUUGAUGUUCAGAAAGUUGUUUGUAAAACUCUUCUGAAGCUCAGAUUUCUGAAAUCUGCAAAGCAGGAGGUUAUGGUUAUAUAUAUUCACUAAUAUGUAAUGUUAAGUAUUCAUUUUAAUCCUAAAAGUUUCUUUUAGAUGUAAAAUUUACUACAUAACUUGACACUCCUCAUUUUAGUAUUAACACAUGACAACUCUACUUAAUGGCUUGAGUUUUGUUUCCAAAUCCAAUUUCUACUUGCUUUUUGUUUAUGCUUCAUUGAACAUCAUUGAAAUAAGUAGUGAAACUUCCAUGAAGGACAUGGUAUUAAAAUGUCUAAACAUUGAUAUUCCUAGUAGGAUAAGUCUUGGUAUGGUCCUCUUCUCAUGGUGCCUGAGAGGAGGAGAGUCCCUACAGCAGAAGUAUAACUUAUCUGAAAUAAUUCAGAUGUAUUUUUCUGUCCCCCUUCUCUAAAAAAAAAUUAUACUGAAGUGUAGUAGAGACCUGAUGAAACUAGUGCUUAGUUGUUUUAGGGGGUAUAAGGUUAUAUUUAGGAAAAAACUAAUUGUUGGGAAGGAACUGGAAAAGUACUAUUUUAAAUAAAAUGUUGAUAAACACAUUAGAUUAUUAUUUUCUAAGUUAUGUUUACAUUAUGAUAAUGUUUUAAGUGGUUGUAUAUAGUAGUCUGUGGUUGUAUUCUAUUUAUGUUUUCUUAAAAGCCUAAGGCAAACUGGUAUGUGAUAUGUUUGAUUUUUUCAUUUCCUAGUGUCAGUUAAUCUUAGCGUCUUAUUGUACAGAUAACUAAUUUGAUUCAUGCACUGUAAGUAUUCAGAUUUUUAUUGUUUCAAUGAAAUGUCAGCUAAAUGGUAUAUUUGAACUUUGUAAUUUUUGUUUGAAAUUAAUUGAAUUUUAGAAAAAAUGAACAGCUUAGAUUGAACAAUACAUUCUUAAAUACAAAUUGACUAAUGUGUGAAAGCACAGAGGGGACCAACCAGAGUCAUGAGUUCUACUCUUCCUUGAUCAGGUAUACUUUUUAUUCCUUUUAAUAAAGGAUAGAAUUCGAGGCUUGGGACAUACAACAGUGUGACUGGAUUACAAUGUUUGUGACCAAUAUGCUUUUUUUACAUUUUUCUUUCCCCUCUUUUGAAAUGACCUAUCUGAAAUAAAGGAGUACAAAUGCAUUAACCACUGCCACCUUAAAUAUCUCAUAGGAACAAUGCUUAUUAUAAUAGCGUGUCACAAGAUGGAACAGAAUGAGCAAAUAUCCUGUACUGAAUGAAUAGGUGGCUUUUUUCUUGUAUACCCAAUACACCUUGUGAUUUGAGAUCAGCUGCAAAUGUGACUCAGCUAGUUUAGAGUCAGCAGCUCUCUGAUACUUGGGCUACCAGUCGUCAGGACAGACCAGAAGAGCAACGUAGAGCAGCCCCAUUUUUGACUGCUAGGUACUCUUGGAGCACAUCGGUACCCUGGAUGCAUCCUCAAUAUUCCAGUCACAUAUCCUAUGCCAGCUGUACACAGUUGAGGCAAUCCCAGCUGGCUGGUUAAACUACCACUCUGUUCUGUAAAUUCUGGACCUGCUUUGGUCAAUAUGCUUGAUGCCCCUAUUCUCUAUUUAUGCACAUCAUCCAGCUGCCAAGGCUGUGACAGAAUGGGGCACAAUGAAGAAAGCAGAGGGGCAGAGAGAUUUUUAAAAUGUACUAAAUGAAAGAUGCACAGGUGCUCAUAGCUUUUAGCCUCAGAAACUUCAACUGGCAUUGGACCACUCUGGAGCAAGCAGUCAUGAUUUGGGCUCCAAAACUGCCAAAUACACAGAGGCCUGGUUCUCUGUUGCCUGGAACUUCAUGGAGCCAUUAACACCUUGGUUUAUGUUGUGGCUGCACAGAUAUUAUAUGCUCACUGUACACAGAUAUAAAUGACUACCCCAGAGUCAAGACAGCAAGGAACUGGACCCAUUUCACUUUGUAUAAUAGAAUAGUAUUGUCCAUUGGUUUUGCAUUUCAUUGGGCUGGCCCUGCAGAGCUGAUGGUCAUAGGAAUAAAACCCACCACAGGGAAUGGCUAAAACCUGAAUAAUGAGGGGGAGAGGGGAGGGAGAAGGAGUAAUAAAAAAGCCAAAGGGAGCUGACUUAUGUUUAUAUCUCAGCUUACGCAGAUUGCUUCAUAUUGACAGACAUUUAUUGUGCCAUGACUCAGAACCUGCUGGGAAGAUGCUAUUAUUUCUAAGCAAGAUUUUUUUCCCAGGAAUUCUAGAAUGGCCUUUCUCAGCACCCGUUCAGUUUCCGUGGGAGUUCGCAGUGGUCAGUACCUGGCAGCAUGGAUUCCCAGUACCUCAACUACACACCAAGGGCUUGCUACUAUGGAGACAGUGACAAAGUUGCUAGCUUAUCAACGGUUGCUGCUUACAGCUUGCACAGCUGCCUGAGAAGAAGGCAGCAGUUGUGCGAUUAUGCUUAGAUGAGAUGUGUUCCCAUUGACGUCAGAGAUAAAUACAUGUUGUCAUCGAUAAGGCAGAAUGAGGUCUUAAUGCAGGCAAAGAAAGAAGUGUCAUUAUGUGUAUGUGUGGCUGGGAAUUACCAUUAUAGGCUAGCAUCCUACCCAAAUGUAGUUGUGAAACUGAAAAUCAAAAGGAAGGGCGUGUGAUAGUUCUGUUCUUUAUAGUGUCUUAAAGGGCCAUUUGUAUUGUUUGGUAUUUAAGGAAAGAAAACAUUCAGAUUCAGGACUAAUUUCUUAGCAUUUUCAAAUGUAUCAAAAAUUGUUGUAUGUCAGUGGGAGAUGCAUGCAGUUUUUGAUCCUACAAUUUUACCACUGAGGUCAGUGACAGUGAGAGGGGAUCUUUUAAACAAUACAUACAUAGUCCAGUGCUAGCCCUCAGAUAUAGUGCAGAUAAUGUUGCUUCUAGCUUUUGACCUAAAGCUUUAAAAAUCUCAGGAAACCCAUGACUUGGUCCAAAACACUGAAAAAAUGGAAGCAAUUGAAAACCCAGAUGGCACAUGUUUGAAAGUCUGUAGUAGCUGAAAUGAUAUGGAAAAGGCCAGGGGGGUUUUAGUUGAUCCAGCAUAAUCAAAGAAUGUACUGUUUCUAAACAUGGAAAUGUUUAAGUGAUGGAAUUUGUAGUUUGUGGGCUUUUUUAACAAGUCUGUAUGCAUUUGUGUUUGUACAGAAAUACACAUGGAAAUGUAUAUUAAAGAGGUAGAUUCAUAGCAGUUAGGAUGUAAGUAACUGGGAGCUAUGGGCUAUACAAACAUAAUACACACAUACAGGGGUUCUGAUAACAUCAGGAAAUUUAUAAGAGCAAAGCAGUGGUAGUUUGUACCACCAGUACUCUAACUCCUAGAUGUGCUUGGAGCCUGCCUCGUGGUUUUCUUGCUAUAUUUUAUAUAUUUGAUGUUUCACAAGAUUUUAAACAAAAAUGUUUUAUUAAAACCACAAAGAGAACAUUCCUCAGUAGGUCUUUCUGCCGGUUGUCCUUGUCUUUUUUGGCAGGAUUAAUUUGUUAGACAAUUAGUAUUAUGCAAAGAAAAACCCUUUUUUAUAUUUUGUAAACUUGACUUUGCUUUCUGUCUGUCUGAGUUGUGAGCAGCUCUACAAUGGUGCAGGACAGUGACUCAGAAGUCUUAUUCAAUCGUCACAGUCAGCUAUAGGUCUUUUGCAAAUUGAAAGUCUUUUACUUGAAGUUCUGUACAUGUUUUAUUGUAUAUUUUCUUACAGUUUAAACCUGCCCUAUUUGAAAGCUGUUGAAGCACAGCCAUGAAAUUGAGCCCUCAAGUUCCUUCCUGAUCAUAAUAUAUGGUUUAUUUUGUUAAAUGACAGCAGGGCUGGGACUUAGGCUAUUAAAUAACGAUUAAAAUAGCCAUUAAAUAACGAUUGAACGGGUGCAUGUUGUUGGAAGGUUUUGCCCUUAGUUCUUUGUGCUGCUUGUUUUGGGAAAUUUGGGCUCUUUGUGAAGAGCAGGUUGUUUAGUUUAUUAGGUCUGAUCAUGUGGUGGGCGCUUUCCGUGCUGUUUGGCUUUGAUAGAGAGAGGUGAGAGUGUCAGCCCUUACAUGGGCAAGCUCUAAUCUUGCUCCCAUUGCUCUCAAUAAGUUUUGCCAUGGACCCCAAAGAAGGCAGAAUCAGCUCUAAAUGAUAAAGUGUCUAAAACAACAACUAUGUGGUGCCAAAGAGAAGGAAAAAACAAAUCCUUCUAAAAUGAAGAGGAUUCAGGGCACAAUGGACGUCUUUUAAGUAUAUCUUUAUAUGUAUACUUUCCCUGUUACACUUACUAUCAUAAUUACUGCUUUUGUAUUUUUCAGUCAUAUUGCAAUGAUCAAUCACUGGUAAUUUACAAGUGUUAUACAUAUUGCUAGAAGAGCAGGCAGCUAAAACAAAAAUGUACUGUGCUCCACUGUAAAAACUGGCUUUAUUGUUUCUUUCUUAUGGGGAGAGGUGGUUGGCUUCAGAUAUCUUUUAAGGUCAAAUGUGUAUGAAUUGCAUGUUAUCCUGAACUUUUAAUUUGUACAUCUCGGUGUUUAAUCAUCUGCAUGGAAGACACAAUAGUGCCAUGUCUGAGCUUGUUCUCUUGUGCUUGGUUAAUAUGUACUUCUCUAGAUUGCUGGAUUUCCAAAAAUGACAUUCUUUAAUGUUUGGUUACUUGAAAGCAUUCAAAGCAAACCAUCAUGGUGGCCCUUUGUUUUCUUACGAAUUAGAAAAAAAAGAAAAACCUGUGAUUAAACUUUGUUAGUGUAAAUAAAUUCUUUGCCAACGAGUAUUAUUGUUGUUAGACAACGAAUGCAAUAAAGUAAAUUCUGAAACUUA